UCCCUCUCCGGCGGCAAAAGUUUCACGGGUAGCCGCGGAGGCUUGAUAAACGAGCAGCCAUUCAUUGCCAAGAUGCAAAGGUUCAUGCAAAAACAAUGCCAUGUGAGUUUUUUAUAUGUGCGAAAGCCUUCAGAGGCCACACAAAUCUUCUCUCCUUGUUUAUUCGUGUUUCUUGCCCUUUCUUCUCGGUUUCAAACCUCGUCCGUGGGAUUGGAUUUGUCAUUUGCGGCCUAAUUGGCACUCCAAGUCACUAAUCGUGCCAUUUCGCUUGAUCACGGUUUUGUCGGUUCGUCUCCACUCUCUCAUUCAUUCAUGUACUCCAUCGGAUUAUGCCUCUCAGCGGAGUAGUAUAUAAAAAGGCAAGCAACGGUUAUCUCCCCUCGCCAUCCUCAAUUGCAACAUUGCCUUCAGUACUGCUGCCGUAGGAUUUUUUGACAUUUUCCCGCUCCUAGUCCUAGCGUGACAUUGCUCGCUCACGGAUGAGCCCCUCACACGAGCUGCAAUCAGGCAUGGCAUCCCGUUUUACUCUACUGGCGUGCAUCGGCGCGCUGUUUGCCGGCACCGCUGCUGUUCCGCCGGCAACAUUCGUCUUCGGCGACUCGCUCGUCGACGCCGGCAACAAUAACUACAUCGCCACGCUGUCCCGGGCGAAUUAUGCCCCCAACGGCAUCGAUUUCGACGGCCACCAGCCCACCGGCCGGUACACCAACGGCCGGACCAUCGUCGACAUACUAGGGCAAGAGAUGGGGCUGGGAGGGUUUGUGCCGCCCUACAUGGACCCAAACACCACCGGCGACGUCCUGUUCAGAGGCGUCAACUACGCGUCCGGCGGCGGCGGCAUACUCAACCAGACCGGGAGCAUCUUCGGUGGGCGUAUAAACCUGGAUGCGCAGAUUGACAACUACGCCAAGAACCGGCGCGACUUGAUGACACAGCGCGGGGAGGUGGCAGCGGUGAGCCGGCUGAGGGGCGCGCUCUUCUCGGUGACCAUGGGCUCCAACGACUUCAUCAACAACUACCUCGUCCCCGUCCUGUCCGUGCCGGAGCGCGCCGUGACGCCGCCGGAGGCCUUCAUCAACGGCAUGAUCGCCAAGUACCGGCAGCAGCUCAUCAGGCUGUACCUUCUGGACGCCCGGAAGAUCGUGGUGGUGAACGUGGGGCCGAUCGGCUGCAUCCCGUACCUGAGGGACAUCAUGGCGACCGGGGCCGGGGCCGGGGCCGGGGCGUGCGCCGAGUUCCCGAACCAGCUGGCCCAGUCCUUCAACCGCAAGCUGCGCGCCGUGGUGACCGAGCUGGGCGCCGGCCUCGGCGGCUCGCGCUUCGUCUACGCCGACGUCUACCGCAUCGUCUCCGACAUCAUCGCCAACUAUAAGUCGCACGGGUUCGAGGUGGCGGACUCGGCGUGCUGCUACGUGGGCGGGCGGUUCGGCGGGCUGGCGCCCUGCGGACCCACGUCGAGCUACUGCGCGGACAGGUCCAAGUACGUGUUCUGGGACGCGUACCACCCCAGCGACGCCGCCAACGUGCUCAUAGCCAGCCGCAUCCUCGACGGCGACCCGGCGGACAUCUCACCUGUCAACGUGCGCCAGCUGCUCUUCGACGAUGCUUAGCUUGGAACCAAUCGUAUAGUGCUUACUGUAUCUCAGAGCUAGGUAGAAGAUAGCAGCCUGACCGCGCGCUGUCUUGGAAGGUCUCGGUCCUAUUUGUUCAGUUUGUCUACCCCAUUCUAGCCACGCUUCAUCUGCGAGGUGUGUCUGUCUACUUCUACUAAUAAAAAGAAGAAGAAAAAACGAAGCCGUAGCCGUUGAUGAUUGCAGUAUU